ACCCGUAACACAACAACAGUACCAAGUGUGUGUGGGUCUGGUGCACACAUUCUCUCUACUGUUAAUAACCAACUAUUGUUCCCUUUGGUAAUAUAGAGCAAGAGAAGUAAUAUCUAAGCAAGUAUGGGUCGUUACUCCAGUGAAUCAGAUAGUGAACGAACAAGUAGAAGAAGAAGGAGAAGCCGAUCUCGUAGUAGCAGCAGUACAAGUUCCAAGAGUCGCCACCGCCGUCAUAAGAAGUCACGGAGACACAGGCGAUACUCCAGCAGCCGGUCUCGCAGCCGUUCUCGUAGUCCAUCAAACAGUCAUAGGUCCCGUUCGAUAAGUCGAGAUCGAGACCGUCACAGGCGUCGUCGCAGCCCUACUCGUUCUCGAUCAAGAUCAAGAUCCAGUCGGAAACAUAAAAAAUCCAAGCAUAAGCAUAGAAGACGCAGCUCCAGUUCUGAUUCAGAUCGAAGUGAAAAGUAUUCAAAGUCUCGGUCAGCUAGAAGUAGCGUGGAUCGUGAUCGGAGUAGCAGAGGUUCUACCAAGGACCGUGAUAGAAGAGAUAGAGACAGGGACAGAGAUAAAGAGAAAGAGAAGGAGAGGGAUAAGGUUCUUAGUCCUGUACCUGAAGAACCAAAGUCUGCUAAGAAAGAAAUGUCAGAAUCUGAGAAAAUUGCCUAUUCAAAGGCCAUAGAGGAAAUUGGAGAAGAUGGAUUUGUUCAGCAGACCUUUAAGUCCAGCCGAGGUGAGAAAGCAGCUCCAAAGAACCAAGCUGACACCAAAAAUGGAGAUGAAUUCAACUUUGGAACACAGGCAGAAUUGUCUGCAAGGGCUGGAAAGUUUAUUCCUCUGAGUGAUGACAGUCUGUUUAGUCCACAUCUGUUUGGUGAUCCAGAGGAGCGAGAAGAAAAGUAUCUGCGUAGGAUUUUCUCACUUCGUCAGAAAGCUCUGUUAGGAGAGCCAAUAUAAACUUAGGUAUGACUAGAACUGCAACUGGAUAAAAUCUAAAACUUACUUCAGAACAUGAAGUUAAUCCCAUCACUGUCAUAACUGCAGACAUUUAGUUUCCUUCAUAUUUUGUACAAAUUAGAGAGAAAAUGUUUAUGGUGGUCUGUAAAAUUAGGGGUGCCCUUGUAUUUAAUAAAAAAAAAGUCCAAAUAUAGUUCAGUAAUAAUUCAAGUUACAUGUUUACCUGUAUGAAUAGCAUGCUUUCAGAGCUUUUGCAUGUAAAGUGUCAAGUUUUUUAUUAUAAAUAUCUUAAGAUAAUACUUCGCACCUUUUUGUACAUGAUACUUACAGUACACUAUGACUUGUGUACCUUGAUGAAUAAUUAGAUAUGGUAAUUUUAUAAAGAGAUUUCAAUU